AUGAAGCUCUUGCACAACAAGACCAAAUAGUUCUUAUGCGCUAAUGCCGCUCUCCCUUCUCCUAGCCGCCACUUUUACUGCAACUUCUUUUCACCAAUUGUUUUCAGAAUGCUCUCGCUUUUUGCUCGUCACAUAGCAUCCAACCUUCCCGUGUUGCGCACAAAUGUGUCGUCUUUGUCGGUCUUAACUUCGUCCGCAUUCGUGGCGACGCGUCGUACGUUCUUCACUACGCGUCGUAUCCAGCUGCCGGUUGCUGCAUCCAAAAGCGCGUCAACCACAGCAACGAAGAAAACCACAAAGAAAAUUACAAAGAAAAAAAUUGCCCCAAAGAAGGCGAAAGCCACCACGAAAGCAAAGUCCAAACCGAAGUCAACGGCAGCAUCCAAGAAGGCUGAUGGGCCGCUCCCACCCAAGAGGGUACCCAAGUCUGAGCGGCCUCCUUCUCGUCCCCCUAAUGCCUAUGUGCUUUUCUUCUCGAAGCUCGUACAAGACAAGAAGGGCGACAUCAAGACCAUCUCGGACACCCAGUCUUUGGCCAAGCAAGCUGCAGCUACAUGGAAGGACUUAACUCUUGCGGAUAAACAGCCUUACUACAACGAAGUUGAGGUCUUGAAGAAGCAACAUGAAGAGAAGCUAGAAAACUAUUGGAAAACGACCCCUCAGGAGACCGUCAGGAAAAUUAACGCACGACGCAAACAUGAUGGCAAAGGCAAGAUUCACCGACCCCCCCAAGAGGGUGACUCCAAGCGCCCUAAAGGAGCUUUCUUCAGAUUCAUAGAAUACUUCCGUCAAUCAGAUGAUGGCAGGGCUAUCCAAAAAGCUGGAGUCACUGCUACAGGUAGAGCAGCGGUCAAUGUUGCUCGUGAGGCCGGUGGGCGGUGGAGGGCUAUGAGCGCCUCUGAUAAAGCCCCCUAUGUUGAAGCUUUCCAGAAAGAAACAGCUGACUACAAAGCAACCCACCCCAGCAAGAGUGCUUCUGCGAGUGCAUAAUCUUAGGAGCUCUCAUGUCAGGAAGCAGAAAUGCCAGUAAUUUCGCAUGGAUCAGUCAUUCCUUCCUUUUGUUAUUAUAGCAUUUUUCACCCACUUCAUCGCCAACAUUCAGCCCAAUCAGUUAGCUUUUGAUGCAAUGUUCAUUAUUUCUGAAGUCAUUCGCAUGUCCCUCUAGCUUGGCACGUGUACGAUAUGAGCUACUACUCAUAUUCCUUUUGGCUUGUGAAUUCUUUUCGUCAUAGCUCUUGUUCAUGGCGUCGAUGUGCAAGUUUCUCAAGCAUGCGGAUUGAUACCCGCCACACAUGCACGUAUUCCUGAUGUUUGUUUACCGGCCUAUUUGCAUAGGGAUCCCGUCCAUCACCUCUGCGGUUGCGCCUCCAUCUGAAGACUCUGGACGGGAUUAACCGCCUGCAAUAUUAUUCACGCCAGCUUUGCGAGAGGAUUGAGAAUCCCUUGGCUGCUCUGCAAAUUGGU